GUCACGGGCUGUGCAGCGGGGAAGAUUAAACAUGGCAGGCUGCUCUCUGUACACCAGAACAUUUGCUGUAAUGUAAAGGUGUCCCCCUUAUGGAAUUCAAAGAACAGUUCGACAUCAUUUAACGUCAACUUUUGUCUAGUCUUUUGAAGAAUGGGCAUCAUCACUUUACAAGGCCAAAUAGAGAAUUCUCCUGUAAACACCAGUAAUCUAAAUUGCAGACUUCCUGGGACUAAGUAAUUUAUAAAAUUGGAUGCCGUACGGACAAUUUGUAAUCAGGAUAAAGAAGCUUGGGAAAAACAAGUAAACCGUUUUUAUAUAUUGAUAAGACGUUAUUUUAAUUGCAUAUUUAGCAAAACCCCACAAUUAUUAAAUGACAAUAUGAUUAUUGUGACUUCCUACAAGAUCUCACUUAGCAUGUCAGCUGUUUGCAAAUGGAAAAGAGAGAGGAAGAUUAUGGUUCAGUCGAUCUCCAAAGGAUCAAAAGUCAAUACCGCAGUUUUGUAACUCGUCUCUUCAGCACCAUCCAAAGAUGUGAAAUUUGCUUCGCUGCAGAAUCCUAGGGCUGCUUUGGGUGGCAAUAAACAACUGACUCACGUCUGAGGAAAGCACGACAAUGGGAGUUCUCAAAUGAGCGUGCGGCAGGAAUAGGCCACCACCACCUACUCACUCACACUAAAGGUCUCCAGGAGGCGUUCUCCUGACACCAUGGAGAUUCUGUUCCUGAAAAUGCUUUUGCUGCUGGCUGGCUGUUUAGUUGGGCUCUUCUAUCACCUCUCAGAUCUUUGGGUGGGUGAGAAGAGAACAGUUCAGAACAAGCCGAAUUUCAUAGUCAUUUUGGCAGAUGAUGUUGGAUGGGGGGACCUUGGGGCCAACUGGGCAGAAACCAAGGACACUCCUAAUUUGGAUCAGAUGGCUGCAGAAGGAAUGAGAUUUGUGGAUUUUCAUUCUGCUGCAUCCACUUGCUCCCCAUCCCGUGCCUCCCUGCUCACAGGAAGGCUCGGCAUUCGCAAUGGAGUGACCCACAACUUUGCUGUCACGUCAGUGGGUGGCCUCCCCCUCAAUGAGACUACGUUAGCUGAGGUUCUGAAGGAAGCAGGAUACAUCACUGCGGUAAUAGGUAAAUGGCACCUCGGGCACAGCGGCCUCUAUCAUCCCAACUUUCGUGGUUUUGACUGUUACUUCGGGAUCCCCUACAGUCACGACAUGGGUUGUACUGACACCCCAGGCUACAACCUCCCUCCCUGUCCGGCAUGCCCUCGACACUCUGCAGCCACAAGCAGCCAUGGGAGAGAUUGUUACACCAAGGUGGCUCUUCCUCUCUUUGAAAACAUCACCAUCAUCCAACAGCCUGUGAACCUCGCUGGCUUGGCUGCAGAGUAUGCAGAAAAAGCAACUCAGUUCAUCCAGCGCGCAAGUGAAAGUGGACGCCCGUUCUUCCUAUACCUAGCGCUGGCCCAUAUGCACGUGCCCUUGGUCCUCGCUCAGCCUCCCUCCAGCUCCUCGUUCCCUGAGCCAUACCGAGCCAGCCUGAGGGAGAUGGAUGCCCUGGUGGGACGGAUAAAGGACAAAGUUGACGGCUGCGGGAAGGAAAACACAUUCCUUUGGUUCACAGGAGACAACGGCCCUUGGGCUCAGAAGUGCGAGCUUGCAGGGAGCGUGGGCCCGUUCUCCGGGGCAUGGCAAAGGCAACGAGGUGGGAGUGCAGCCAAGCAAACGACCUGGGAAGGGGGACAUCGUGUUCCGGCGCUGGCUUAUUGGCCUGGCAGGAUCCCUGCAAACGUGACGAGCGCUGCACUGUUGAGCACCACAGACAUUUUCCCCACCUUGGUGUCCCUGGCAAAGGCAAGCCUGCCUCCUAACAGGCGCUUUGAUGGUUCAGACAUGUCUGAGAUUCUCUUCGGGCAGUCGCACCAAGGGCACAAGACAUUGUUUCACCCCAAUAGUGGAGCAGCUGGAAAGGACGGAGAGAUAAAAGCACUACGGCUGGCACAAUACAAGGCAUUUUACACUACAGUGUGUAUGCAAAUCUUGACACGAGGAAGUAUAAGAGGGCAGUCACCCCCUGGACUCCUGCACCAUUUUAGAGCUAGUUUCUGUACGAAGAGGCAAAGUGGUUUCAAUAGAAGCUGCCGAAGAGGCAAAGUGGUUUCAACAGACUCUGUAGCGAUCCCGACGCAGUACCAUGGAGAUCGGGCUUUUUAUGAACAACCACCGUCUCAAUGGUUGGACACAGAUCUGACAACUAUUAUCAGUAACAAAUUGUAAUGCAAGUGAGGAUAGAGCUACUGCUCUUUCCAGCGGAACUGCAGCAUAAUUUUGAUCAUUAUUAAUCAUGCUUAGCACUUAGCUAGUGCUCCCUACUUUCAAAGCGUUGUAUCACUUUGAUGACCGAAAGUUAAGUAAGUAUUAGCCAAUUCAUCAUUAGGACGCCCCUGUGAAGUAGGAAAACAAUAUGUGGGUUUUUUUGCAGUAAACUGACGGUAAUCAGUUUGUCUCACUCCUGAAAAAUCAAAAGACCAGACUCUUUAGAGCCAAGAAUGAUUUCCUCAACAUGUCACUUACUUACACUGUUUAGGGUUCUUGGACAUACAGCACAGAUCCCUGGCUACAAGCAAGGAUGGACCACAAGUUCAGAUCUGGAGAGCGUUCAAAGCUCUGAACAGGGAGAAUCUAUAAAGGGUGUGGUGGUUAUUCCAGAGAAGGGUGGGGAAAAGACACAUGGAUUUACAGACCUAGGUGCUGCCACAGGGCUCAAUGCUACAAAUGAGUAGGGUGAGUAAUAUUGAAUAUUUAUACAGUGCUUUUAAUAUUCAGAGCUCUUUGAAAUACACUGUGUAGCUCCACAGAUUUAUCAUUAUUAAACCUCACAACACACCCGGGCCAGAUUUAUUUUACAGAUGGUGUCAUCUGACGCAAGGAGGUUAAGGGCUUGUCUACAUUACCCACUGGAUCGACGGGCAGUGAUUGAUCCAGCGGGUGGGGGGGGUUGAUUUAUCGCGUCUAGUCUAGAUGCGAUAAAUCGACCACCGAGCGCUCUCCCGUUGACUCCGGUACUCCACCGGAGCGAGAGACGCAGGCAGUCAACGGGGGAGCAUCAGCUGUCAAUUUACCACAGUGAAGACACCGCGGUGAGUAGAUCUUAGUAUGCUGACUUCAGCUACGUUAUUCACGUAGCUGAAGUUGCGUAACUUAGAUCACCAUCCCCCCCGCAGUGUAGACCAGGCCUAAGUGACUAGCUCAAGGCUACAGAGGGAGUCAUUAUUGGAGAGGAAAUUCAAAUGUAGAUGUUCCCGAUGCCCUCUCCUGUGCUCAGCUCACUAGAGCAACCCUCUGCCUCAUGCAUACAUGAGCACUGGCAUUUCAGAAUUGGUGACCAUAAUAAAAAACACGGGGUGUGGGGAAGGACACCACCAUGGAACUUACAACGAACUCGAUUGCAAUGAAAGUCCAUCCUGUAGUUGGAGGCAUGCAGGAGGGCCCUGAGAGACCCAAAGGGCACUGUGUGAGCAUAAGGAUUAGCCUGGGUGGACCUGAUAGCAGGAACAGGGUGAUGGUGAAGCAGAACAAAACAUCCCAAGUCAUUUCAAUGGGCUGCAACAUGGAAAGUGCAGUGCCAGGGAAGCUUCUCAGCGAUGCUCUGCUGUGAAAAAUUCUGACUUUGCUCCAAGAAGCUUUCACCUGGUCACCCUUGCAGAGGGGCAAGCCCAGCUCACCUGGUCACCCUUGCAGAGAUGCCAGCCCCUGGGGCAAGCCCAGCUCACCUGGUCACCCUUGCAGAGAUGCCAGCCCCUGGGGCAAGCCCAGC